AUCCUUUUAUCCAACUGACCGAGAAAGAAACUCUGAAUAACUGCAAACAACAAGAAAGAGAGUGUGGAUUCUGAAAGAAAGAAUUGGAAGAAUGAUAGUAGCAGUCUUUGUCAUUUUGUCGCUCCUGAUUCUUGUAGGUUCACUGCUAUUUAAAUUCGCCACCGCUGAAGGAGAUUUUGCUUUGAUCUCAAAGAGACAUGUAAAGCGUGAAGAAGUUGAGAAUAAGGUUUUUUGGAUCACUGGUGCUAGCCGUGGAAUUGGGGAGGUUCUUGCUAAGCAACUUGCAAGUUUAGGGGCUAAGCUCAUUAUAUCUGCACGGAAUGAAGCUGAAUUGGAGCGGGUGAAGAAACAACUUGCUGGUAAGCAUGCACCUGAAGGAGUGAAGAUACUGCCUUUAGAUUUGACAUCUGGUGAAGUUUCUCUCAGGGAGGCUGUACAGAAAGCAGAGUCUUUUUUUCCUGAUUCUGGCAUUGAUUAUAUGAUCCACAAUGCAGCUUUUGAGCGUCCUAAAACUACAGCAUUGGAAGUGUCCGAGGAAAGUCUUAAGGAAACAUUCAAUGUAAAUGUUUUUGGGACGAUAACUCUCACACAAAUACUGGCACCUUACAUGCUGAAGCGGGGAAAGGGCCAUUUUGUUGUGAUGAGCAGUGCUGCAGGAAAGACACCUGCACCAGGUCAGGCCAUCUACUCUGCAUCUAAACAUGCUCUGAAUGGGUACUUCCAUACCUUGCGUUCUGAGCUCUGCCAGAAAGGUAUUAGGGUGACAAUUGUUUGUCCUGGGCCAAUAGAAACAUCAACUGGUUCUGGAGCAGCAAGUGUACAAACUACAACUAAAGUUUCUGGAGAGAAGCGUGUGUCAUCAGAAAGGUGCGCGGAGCUGACAAUAAUUGCAGCCAGCCAUUCUCUUAAGGAAGCAUGGAUAUCAUACCAGCCUGUUCUAGCUGUCAUGUAUUUGGUGCAAUACGUGCCAAGCAUUGGUUUUUGGCUCAUGGACAAGGUUGGGAAAAAUCGUGUUGAAGCUGCUGCACAGAAAGGCAACACUUAUUCAGUACGCUUACUGUUCGGGAAAAAAAAGGCAUCGUGAAUUUGAUUGGUUUUUCAUAUUACGAAAAACCAACACUUUGGCACGUUAAAAGGAAAUGGGUGGCGUACUGUUUUUACUGAGUUUGGUCAUGAACUACAAUAACAUACAUGACAGUAACAUUUUAUUUUUGGUUUCUUUAAUACCUUAUUUUAAUAAAAGCAAAAUACAAGAAGAAAAUCUUAAUUUCUGCUUCA